CACACAUUUUGAUGACGUAAAUAACGCUGAUAAUUUUAGAGGUAAUGGCCAACUUUUCAGUAACUACAGGAAGGGAUGGUAGCCGCUACUUUGGAGAUCAUGAUGACAGAUGGUCUGACUCAGGCAGUAGCCAUGGCGGUGGGAAGCAGAGGAACCGUGGCCGAGGAAACCGACCGUACGGUGGUUACAAUGGAGGGAGGGGUGGUAGAUACAGCCACGGGGGAUAUCAGAACAGAGGUUCUGGGGGUGGUAGAUACAGUAGGUCAAGAGGGAGAGGGCGAGGGGGCCCAAACCCACGGAGCAGAGUAGACCCAGAUGGAGACUUCAGUAUGGGCGAUGAACCAGGGCCUUCAACAAAACAAAGAUUUUCUCCCUAUGGUACAUCUAGUAGGGGCUCUGCAGGAAGAGGAAGGAACAGGAAUGAUGGAGGAAAUAAUUAUUCCAAGAUGCAGAGAAUGGGACUUCCAUUUACAGAUUCUGAUAGUCCUCAGUGGUAUAAAGUGAUCAUACCUUAUGGCAAAAAAGGAGGGAAAGAUUUCAUUUUAAAAUCCCUCACAGAGAGAGUGGACAUUCCUUUCAAACCAGUGGAUUUCCACUUCGAACAAGAAAAGGCUGUAUUUUUUGUGCAAGAGAAACAAGAAGCCAAUGCAAUAAGAAGUCAAGACAAGAAAAUACAACUUCCCAAUGGUUUUAAGAUGAUUGUGCUGGUUAAACCAAGUCCACCACCUGUGACAGAAUUAGAUAGUGGGGCACUAGAGAAACUGAAACUGUGCAUGAGUGCGAGAUAUGACCCUUCAACCAAAGCACUCAACCUCAGUUGCCUGGCCAAGGACCAGUCAUUAGCAGCAGAAAAUCUCUUUAUGGCACUAAGUCGCAGAAGUGUAAUGACUAAUGUGGUCAAGGUCAUAGAGGAGAAUAUUCCCGAGUUAGAAGAACUGGAUAUGAGCGACAAUAGGUUAAUAUCACUGGAAGCCAUGAGAGACUUGCCCCAAAAAGCCCCAAAUGUCAAAAAACUAAACUUAGGAAAGAACAAACUGUCACACGUUGAUGAACUGCGAAAGCUCCAGGACUGGAAGCUGGAUCACCUGAUUCUGGAUGGCAACGACCUUUGUGAUAAGUUCAAAGACAAUAACGCCUACGUUAGUGCCAUAAGAAAGAAGUUUCCCAAAGUUUUGACACUGGAUGGUCACACCCUUCCACCUCCAAUUACCUUUGACCUUGAAACCAGCUCAGAGCUCCCUGCAGUAAAGGGAAGUUUCUUCAUCAAUGAUUCCAUACAGACAUCUACUGUCAACUUCCUGAAGGCGUUCUUCACACUGUACGAUUCUGACAACAGACAGCCCUUGAUGGAAGCUUAUAAUGAGGAGGCACUGUUUUCAUUGUCAGUGGCCAAAAAUCCCAAUAUAGAGUACUCUCAACCUAAAGUUCAUGAUUAUCUCUCAGAAAGCCGAAACUUCAUCAAAAUGGGCAAAAGUACUUCAGAAUCGAUGAGAAAAAACAAGUUGCUGAAGCGAGGGAAGAUAAACAUUGUGGCUCAGCUGUGUGAUCUGCCCUCCACAACCCACGACUACAACUCCUUUAUUGUGGAUGUGGACCACUCCUCAGAAAUUCUAAGAAGUUUUAUAGUAGAAGGAGUAUUCAAAGAAACUGAUAGCAAGUCGGAUAGACCUCCUAUCAGGGCGUUUAGCCGUAGGUUUAUAACGGUUCCACAAGGGGCAGGGAUGAACAUCGUUAAUGACAUGUUGACGAUAACAAAUGCCUCUAGGGAGCAAAUCCAGAAUGCCUUCAAGCACCCUGCCCCCACCCCGUCCUCAAGUCCUGUCCCAGAGUCUUCUCCCCCGGCCCCCUUCACCCAGACCCCCUCCACAUAUACCCCGGAACAGCAACAGAUGAUUCAGCAGUUUGUUGCCCAGUCAGGCAUGAACCAUCAGUGGUCCAUCAAGUGCUUGGAGCAAAAUGGGUGGAAUUACGAGAAAUCAGGAGAAAUAUUUUUGGAGCUACAGAAACAAAACAAGAUUCCUCCAGAGGCUUUUACCAAAUGAGAAUCACCUCAACUCACAUAAGGAAUCACAGUUUAUUAUUCCAGUAACUCAGUGAAGCAUGUGUAUGGCCAGUUGAAGUAAACUGACAGUUGUUAAUGAAAGUUACGCUCCCAAACAUUAUUUCUCCGAUGCCAAGUGAAAAAUGAAACACCAAUCCAGGACAUUUUACUGAUUUUAUACUUCAUACUGAGCAUCAUCUGAUGCAAGUGUUAUAGUAAACAUGAUGGUCAGCUAUC